GGCGUGCACUCACUCGUCGUUUCUGGAUUUUCAGUGCUCUUUGGCGAGAAAGAGAGCAAGCCGCAUCAGUGUGUGGCCAUGGCGGCAGUAGCGACGCACUGCAAGAAUUCGCCAUUUCUGGGCCAAUUCUCUCCUCGCUUUGGAAGAUCACCAUUCAGACAAAGGUUGGGAAGUCCGGUGAGAAUAUCUAGUAUAAAUGCAGCUUUUUGGGGAUCUAAGAAGUCUGUGGAGCCCCAAGAUUUCGAUUUUUCACUUGGGGAUUUCGCCUUAACGGGGUUAGGGCCAGAGGAAUUUGCUGCAAACCAGAUGAUUCCCACAGAGAUAUCACUUUCAGUUGCAUCUUCAAUCUCAGAGGUUUCGCCGGUGGACUGGGAUGCCUGCAAUCUGGAUUCGACGGGUCCUGAAAACUUCAAUCCUUUUCUUACCCAUGGAUUUCUGUUGAGCUUAGAAGAGUCAGAUUGUGCAGUGAAGGAAACUGGAUGGUUACCUCGCCACAUUGUUGCUAAGGAUGAUUAUGAAAAUAUAUUAGGUGUUGUUCCACUUUAUCUCAAAAGUCAUUCCUAUGGUGAAUUUGUUUUUGAUCAUUCAUGGGCUGAUGCCUACCACAACUUUGGUUCAAGAUAUUAUCCCAAGUUCCAGUGUUGUGUCCCUUUCACUCCAGUAACUGGUCCAAGAAUUUUACUCCGCAAUACUUCUUUCAAAGAUCAAGUUUUUGACAUUAUCGUCUCUGCUCUGAAGGAUCUGGCGGCCAAGUCCAAGGUCUCAUCUUUACAUGUCACCUUUCCAUCUGAAAAUGAGUGGAUGAAAAUGAAGGAGAAGGGGUUCUUGCAGAGGAUUGGGAUGCAGUAUCAUUGGAAAAAUCGCAACUAUAAAAGCUUUGAUGACUUCUUGAUGGACAUGAAGCAAAGUAAACGGAAAAACAUUCGUCAAGAGCGCAAAAAGAUUUCUGCGCAAAACUUGACCAUGAAACGCCUCCGAGGUUAUGAGAUAAAGGAUAGGCACUGGGAUUCAUUUUAUACAUUCUACAGAAACACCACUGAUAACAAGUGGGGUAGCCCUUAUCUAACAAGGGACUUCUUUCACAACAUGGCAUCAAAAAUGGGAGAUCAGGUGUUACUUGUUAUUGCUGAAGAAGGGGAAGAACUUGUUGCAGGAGCUCUUAAUCUUAUUGGAGGAGAUACUCUAUUCGGUCGCCUGUGGGGAUGUCACCCAAGGGCUUAUUAUCCAAGUUUGCAUUUUGAAGCAUGCUAUUAUCAGGCAAUAGAAGCAGCUAUUGAACUUGAUCUGAACACUGUAGAGGCAGGAGCUCAGGGUGAGCAUAAGAUUCAGCGAGGUUAUAUGCCUGUGACAACUUACAGCUGCCAUUACCUUAUUGACGAAGAUUUCAGACAAGCUAUAAAUGAAUUUUUAGUACGCGAAUCAAGUCAGGUUAAACUUGUUAUGAAACUAUUACACGAUUCUGGUCCAUUUAAGGAUGGCAUAGAAUAUUGAUACUAUGGAUAAGUAUAGUUGAAGAAGGUUUAUGGCUAGAUAGGCUCCUGAAUUUGAAAUGCUUUUAUUAAACUUCUUGUAAUUAUAUUUCAAAUUUCUCCUAAAGUUCAAACUUCACUUGUAUAUAAUUAUGGUAUUAUCCUAAAGGAUUCUCUCUCUUUGAUUAUUCUCCUCAGAGACCAAACUUUAA